CUCAGCGUACCAGCGUGCCAUCUUACCCGACCUCUGGCACGCUUGACCACCGACCGAUGCGUCCUGUGCGCUGUUACGAUUGGCGUGGCGUUGUCUCGGCAUUCCUAGGAUAUCAUGCCUUGAUUCCUGCCCUGUCAUCACAUAGGUCCCUCUUUGGGACUGCUUUUACAAUUACAGCGAAUCUCUGCUGUCACAAUGCCUUACCCAUCAGGUAUUCAGCCGACAUACGUGAUGAAAUGGGGUACUGGUUGUGGAGCCAUGUAUCCCUCCAUCAUGUGUGCUGGUGGAUGCAUGCAGCCUCCACGAGCCUCCGACAGUAGAGCCUCCAUUCGUUUGCGUCGGCGCCAAUUCAAGUUUCUUGACAUCGCGGCCACAGCCGAGACUAACACAGUGGUAGCUCCUUCGACUUCGAUACAAACCGAGCAGCCAAGUUUGUGCCAAAAGAACGGUGUCUGACUGCCCAACCUUUGAUUGUGUUUCUAAUUCUAGUUUUGCAGUCGCGGCUUGUCCUCACCCUAUUCCUAUUGCCCGUUCCCAAUAGAGCGUUUGUUUGUUUGCUAUCGUGUUUCUAACGACCAAAGUUGAGGGGUUUGAGCUUUGGUUGAGAUUCCCACCACUCAGUUUGAGCAUACUCGCCAGUAUCCUGACAUCAGAGUUGCAGCAGUUAUAACCAAAGGUGUGAGGGUACCUCUAUCAAUUCUUUCACUGUUCCAGUCCUCAGGAUGAAACACUCUUUUCUAUUGGGUCUUUUGCUGCACACCAGUCUAUCUUGGGGUCGAACACUCAACAGCAGGAGCAUCAUCAACAAUGCAAACAACCAGACAUUUGACUACAUUGUUGUUGGAUGUGGUGCUGCAGGAUUGACCGUCUCGGCACGAUUGUCUGAGGAUGAAGACGUGUCAGUGUUAUGUCUAGAAGCUGGAGAGCUGGAUCAAGGGGAAGACCAAAUUCAAUUCCCCUACUAUAUUGGUCUUCAGCCUCCUAACUUCUAUGUCUGGGGCAUGCACUCUGUCCCCCAAAAUCAGCUUAACGGCGAAGGUCGUUAUGUACCGGUGGGUAGAGGAGUUGGCGGGGGAACCCUUAUCAACGGGUUGAUCUGGAAUCGGGGUAACCAGGAUGGUUAUAAUGCUUGGAACGAGUUAGGGAACGAUGGAUGGGGCUGGGAUGACCUCUUACCUUAUUUCAAGAAGUCUGAGACUUACACACCCAAGAUCUACAACACUUCAACAUUAAUCGAACCACAUCUCCAGAACUCGUCGGUUCACGGCGACAGUGGCCCCAUGCAUGUUUCAUAUCCUGAGUACUACUGGCCUCAGUCAGAUAACUACUUCGAAGCAUUACUGGAACUUGAUAUUCCUUUGUCCGCUGAGCCAAACGAAGGUCUGGAGGCUGGUGGAUACUUCGUCCCGCUAAACAUCCACCCAGACGAACAGAUCCGUUGGGACGCAAGGAAAGGAUAUUACGACCCAAACGCAAAUCGCACCAAUUUCAACGUCCAAGUCAACUCGCAAGUGACGAAAAUCCUAUUUGAAGACAAUGAAGCUGAAGAGCUCCGGGCCCACGCUGUUCAAUAUUCCGCUGGACGAGGCGAGCCAGUCCAGACGGUCUUUGCACGUCAAGAAGUUAUCCUUGCCGCAGGCGGCCUUUUUUCACCAAAACUCCUUGAGCUCUCUGGCAUUGGUCAAGCAUCAAUUCUUGAGCCUCUUGGAAUUGAAGUGCUCCGGAACCUGCCUGGAGUGGGCAAUAACCUCCAAGAUCAUCCUAUGAUUCAAAUUUCGUACUAUUACACCAACAGCAGCUAUCGAACAAUCCUUGACUUCAGACGUGACCCAGAAUAUAACGAACAAUGCCGAGAGGAAUUCCUGGAAUCGAGAACUGGCCCUUGGACGGCCAAACCUAGCGGUGCUGUUGCAUUUCCUUCGCUCCGCCAGGUCACCGACGCUGGAGACGCGAAUUCUAGACUUGCGCGCGCGCGCUCGGCCCCCGACUAUCUCCCUUCAAAUUACGCGAAUGAAACAACUCUCCAGAACGGAUAUCUCGCCCAACUUGUCAGCACAAUAAACGACCUCAAUCAAUCGUACACUCCAAUUUUUGAGAACCUCAACGACAAUGCAGGAGGUCUACAUCUUGCUCUGAUGCGACCUUUGUCACGAGGUACCACUCACAUCACCAGCGAUGACCCAUUCCGGGUACCAGCAAUUGACCCACGGUGGCUUUCCCACCCCUUCGACUUUGACACAUUAAUCCUCGGUUUGCAACUAAACCAGCGUAUCCUUCACACCGCGCCAAUCCAGGUACUUCAGCCGUCGUACCCUGAUCUAGAUGAGGACGCCACUGAAGACCAAAUGGCGGAACUUAUACGGAACCACGUCGGUACUCAGUUCCAUUAUAGCGGAACUGCAGCCAUGUUACCACUCAGCCUUGGUGGUGUAGUCAGCGAUGAGCUGAUUGUCUACGGGACCCAGAACCUCCGAGUCGUCGACACCAGUAUCCUCCCUAUCGUGCCUGGUGCCCAUACCCAAGCCGUGGCAUUUGGAGUAGCCGAAAAGGCCGCUGACAUCAUCAAGGGACAAAGGGUUCAUCCCGACACCGAAACCGACGAUGCCGACGACGACGAUGACAGCGAAGGAGGAGACGAUUCUGGAUCCAUGCGACUCUCAAUUCCAGCCAUGACACAAACGCUGGUCUUGACGGGGAUGUUGGGGCUCUGGAUGUUGAGCUCCACCAUCUUUUGAUCGUUGUAUUAAUGUUUUCUAGAUUUUCUUCUUCUCGACCUUCCGCUUGUCACUCAUCCUAUCCUCUUGGCAAAUAGUAUAUCACACCAUAUAUCGACCCCUUAUUUGCUUAAAUACCCCCAAACCUUGCUCAUGGCUGGCGCCAAAGUAUAUCUACAUUAUAUCAACCCCGAACUGUGCUUCGUCCCUUCUCAUUUUCGUUCAGGAAAGGGAGCGCGGCCGCUUUACUCGGGUACGUGACGGAUCCCCAGCCGAGCACGGGAGAGCGCCGCGGGAGCUACGGCAGAGUAC